AUGGCCGCGCUUCCUCUCGCCCGCGCGCAUCAGCUUUGCGCGCCUCUCAUUCCGCCAUUUUCGCCUUCCCCAUAUCUCCGCUCCGCCCCGCUACCGCCUCUCUCCGCCAUCCCCGCGAGUCCGCUCUGUCGUCGCCGCACUCCGCUCGCCCCACUCCGCGGGGCGGCCAGGCGGCGCGCGAUCGCGCUGAGGGCGCAGGCGGCGGCAGCCGCGGAUGAGGGGAAGGAGCCGAGGGGCGGGGUUGCGGGCGAGCGAAGCAGCGGCGGGGUGAAGCGCGUGGUGGUUCUCGGCGGGAGCGGGCGCGUGGGGCGGUCGACGGCCGUGGCGCUGGCGGCGCUGGCGGCGUCCGACGACGAAGCGACGCGCGCGGACUUCCAACUGGAGCUCAUCAUCAGCGGGCGCAACAGGGGGAGGGGCGAGGCGGUGUGUGAGGAGGUGAGGGCGGCAGCGGGGGCGGCAGGGAGUGCGGUGUUCAUAGAGUGCGACAUCACCCACGCCUCUGCACUUGACAGCCUCCUCUCAGGAGCCGACCUGGUGGUGCACUGUGCGGGGCCCUUCCAGCGAGAACCGCACUGCACCGUUCUGGAAGCAGCCAUCCGCACCAAGACGCCCUACGUGGACGUGUGUGAUGACGUGGCAUUCGCUGCCAACGCGCGGUCGCUGCACGGCGCUGCUGUGGCGGCGGGUGUGCCGGCCAUCACCACCGCCGGCAUCUACCCGGGCGUCAGCAACUUGAUGGCAGCGGAGCUGGUGCGGCUAGCAGGGGAGGAGGGGGCGCGCAUGGAGGAGCAACAAGGGCAGCAGCAAGCCGCUCUCGGCCUUCGACCAAAGAGCCUGCGCUUCUCGUAUUUCACGGCGGGCACGGGAGGGGCGGGUCCCACCAUCCUGACCACCAGCCUGCUGCUGCUGGGGGAGCCUGCCACCGCCUUCAAAGACGGGCAGCGUCUGCAGCUGCCAGCGUACAGCCAGCAGCGUCUGGUGGACUUUGGCCCGGGCGUGGGGGAGAGAAGCACGUACCUGCUCAACCUACCGGAGGUGGUGUCAGCGCACGAGGUGCUGGGGGUGCCCACCGUGUCGGCCCGCUUUGGCACGGCGCCUCACAUGUGGAACUGGGCCAUGCACCUGCUGCGCUCCCUGCUGCCUCAGGCCGUGCUGCAGGACUGCAGCGCAGUGCAGCGCAUGGCGGGAGUGUUGGAGCCGCUGGUGCGCGCCGCUGAUGGCAGCGCGGGGGAGAGGGUCGCCAUGCGGGUCGAUUUGGAGACAGAGAAUGGUCGCUCCACAACGGCUCUGUUCUCCCACCGCCGCUUAUCAGUGAGUGUGGGCGUGGCUACAGCAGCAUUUGCUGUCGCUCUGCUGGAAGGCACGUCCCUGCCAGGCGUGCACUACCCCGAACAGGCUGAGGCCAUUCCAGUGGCACAGCGAGAGUUGCUAUUGCAACGCGCCGCUCUGGGCGCACGGUUUUUCGCCAUCAACAAGCCCGGUUGGAUGAUUGAGAGGGAACCCAAGCAAAUUGGCAUGGGUUUGUACGUAUGA